UACCCUCUUCCUCCGCCGCCCGCAGAAGACACCAGCCGCCUCCCGUCCUCCUUCCCUCCUCCCCCGCCCGCCAACUCCUACGAUUACCAGGUGGGAGGAGCCGGGAAGACGCUGGAGGAGCGACGCUCUAGUCUGGACGCUGAGAUCGAUUCUCUGACCAGCAUCCUGGCAGACCUGGAGAGCAGCUCACCUUACAAGCCUCGACCCGCCCAGACCACUGGACCCUCCACCGUGUCCACCCCCAGCGCCCCGGUGACGGGCUACAGGCGCAUGGUCAUACCCACCCAGCCGCCUCUCACCGCCACCAAGAAGUCCACGCCCAAACCUCAGGCGCUGGGCAGCGGCGGCGGCUCGUACACGCUCCCGGCCAAGCUCCAUCAUCAAAGCCCGGCGGCGUCUCAGCCGGUGGCCGCCUCCUACGCCACCGCCUCCACGCCCAGCCAGCCCACCUUCAACGUCCAGGUGCGGUCGGCCCAGCCCAGCCCGCAGCACCAGGCGCCCGGUGGGCAGAACCUCGGCCAGCAGCAGCAGCAGCCGCCGCGUGGCCCCGCCCAGGUGCAGUACGCCCAGCCCAAAGGACCCGACUUCGCCUACGGGCCGCCUCAGCCCGGCUUCUCCCCGCCGACUCAGGGCGGCUACCAGGAGCAGCACCAGCAGGGCCUCAGGAGGGCCGACCCCUACCAGGCGGCAGGACCCAAGAAGACCUACAUCACGGACGAGCCGCAGAACCUGACCCCGUACAUGUCUGGACCUGUGGUCCCACCAAAGAGCGCCGUCCCCGUGGCCCACCCCGAGGACGAGCUGGAGCGCCUGACCAAAAAGAUGCUCUUUGACAUGGACAACCCUCCGUCAGAGGAAUACUUUGGGCGCUGUGCCAGCUGCGGGGAGAACGUGGUGGGCGAGGGCACGGGCUGCACGGCCAUGGAGCAGGUGUUCCACGUGGACUGCUUCGUGUGCAUGACCUGCAGCAGCAAGCUGCGCGGCCGGCCCUUCUACGCCGUGGAGAAGAAGGCCUACUGCGAGCCAUGUUACGUGAACACCUUGGAGACGUGCACCAUCUGCAUCAAGCCCAUCAUGGAGCGCAUCCUGCGGGCCACGGGCAAGGCGUACCACCCUCACUGCUUCACCUGCGUGGUGUGCCACCGCAGCCUGGAUGGCGUCCCUUUCACCGUGGACGCCUCCAACCACAUCCACUGCAUCCACGACUUCCACAAGAAGUUUGCUCCUCGCUGCUGCGUGUGUUCAGAGCCCAUCAUGCCAGCUCCCGGCCAGGAGGAAACUGUUCGUAUCGUGGCUCUGGACCGUGACUUCCACGUGCACUGUUACCGCUGUGAGGACUGCGGCUCCCUGCUGUCAGAGGGCGACAACCAGGGCUGUUACCCUCUGGACGGCCACGUGUUGUGCAAGAAGUGCAACUCGGAUCGUAUCCAAGCUCUGACCGCCAAGACCACCACUGACCUCUGAACGACUCCG